UUUACACCACAGACUGGUUCACACAAGCCGGGGAACAUUCUGCGGCUGCUCCGGUGUUCUGUGAAGAUGGCGGAGCUGAAAUCCGAGAAGAACAUCAGCUCCAUCCCGAUCGACGGCUUCAGCAAUUUAAGAAUCACAUCGACAUGGACGUUCCUCAUGUCUGUGCAGUGGUCGGAGCCCUGGCUCGUCGGGCUCCUGCUGUUCCACGCUGUGUGUCUGUGUGUGACGCUGGUGACCUGCAGGUUCUACAGAGCUCAGAUCUGUCACUUCCUGCUCAUGGUGGGCCUGGUGUAUAGCGCUGAACAACUGAAUGAGCUGGCAGCUAUGAACUGGAGGUCCUUUUCUAAUUUCCAGUACUUUGAUUCAAAGGGCAUGUUCAUAUCUCUGGUUUACUCGAUUCCUCUGCUGCUCAACACAGUCCUCAUUGUGAUGCUGUGGGUGUACAGGACCUUUUCCACUAUGACUGAACUCAAGAUACUCCAGCUGAAGCGAAAGGCGCGCAGAGAGAAGAGAGACAAGACCGACUGAUCUCUCUCCCUAUGUCUGUAAAUGGGCUUCGCCGAGAGGAGCUUACAAUCUCUGCUCUAAUCCUGAAAUUUGGAGGCGGUUGGGAGAUUCCUUCAUCGUGACUAUAAAAAGGAUUGUUCACUGACAACCGGACUGGAUGCGUGUGUCUGAUACCAGUGCUGCUGAAUGUGUUGUACAUAAUAAGAUGCACCAGCACCAAAAGGACAGUUACUGUUUUGUAUGUAAUGUUGUUUUAAAGUGUGUUUAAACUUUACUUGAAUUACU